GCUCUGGGGGGUCCCUGGGAGCGGAUGGCUGGGUGGACCAUGAGCGGCAUCCAGCCAUGCAGGGGCAGCAGGAAGAAUGUCCAGAGGCCAGUGCAAAGGCCCCAAGGCAGGAAUGUAGCAGCACUGUGGAGUCCCUGGGGGGUUAGCAGCUAGCUGAGUGACAUGACUCCGGAGAGCUCCCUUGGGCCGCUGCUCAAAUGUGGCCACAGCCGGCGUCCUGCCCGCCCCCUCCCCCCAGCAGCUCCUCCCACUCUCUCAGGCUCUGGUUUCCAACAACAGAGACUGCAGGCACAACAGGGCCAGGAGCCUGCCCCCAGCCCCAAACUUGGCCCAGCAGCAGGAACUCUGCUCAGAGAGGCUGAGUCUGCGAUCUUGGCCCACCUGCCUGCCCUCCGGCCUCCUGCUCCACCUCCUGGGCCUCCCCCAGGCCAGCUGCCCCCCCGGGGCCUGCACCUCAUGCUGGACCCGCCUGCAGAGCCCAUUCGCUCCUGGCAGCCCCGGCUGCUGGGGCGGAUCCCGGUGCCCGCAGGGGCUGCAGGCGGGCCCCGGGGCCUGCACUGCUCCCUGGAUGGCCUGCUCUUCCUGACAGCUGGGGCUGCGCCCUGCGUCCAUGUGCUGGACCUUGAGGGACGGUCCAUCUGCCACCUGCCCUGCCACGUGCCAGGGGCUGGGACCUUUGUGCCCGAGGACGUGGCUGUGACGGCUGCUGGGCUCGUAGCAGUCAGCGACCUCGUCCACGGAGCUGUCCACGUGCUCCAGCACACUGCUCGAGCCCCACAAGGCCGCUGGGUGACAGUGGGCACCUUCCUGGCCCCCCGGGGGCUGGCCGUGGACGCCCUUGGCCGCCUCCUGGUGACGGACUAUGUGCCUGGGGCCGUGCACAGCUUCACGUUGGGCCCUGCUUUGCAGCCGCUGGCCCCAGCCUCCGUGCUGGGUCUGCAGGGCCCCUGCUGGGUGGGCCCGGGGCCUGACGGGGGCCUCGCCGUGAGCGAGGAGUUUGGGGACGUGCGGCUGUUUGGCAGUGCCCACCAGCCCCUGGGUACCCUGGGGGGUCUGACGGGGCACACCUUUGGCAGCCCAGCGGGCGUGUGCACCGACGCUGAGGGCGGCGUCAUUGUGGUGGAUGAGCAGCGGCGCCAGGUGACCCUGUUCCCCCGAGCCGGGGCGCCCAUCUGCCUGGUGUCCGAGGGGCUGAGAAGGCCCCUGGGUGUGGCCUGUGCACCCCAGGGCCAGCUCGUAGUGGCAGACGCAGGGGACGGCUACAUCAAGGUGUACCAGUACCACUUGGAGCCAGCCUGACCCGGUGGGUCCUGGGCCACCAUGGAGGAACAGUCAGGGCUGGUGGGGUCUGGCAGGGCUGCUGGCCGUGCCUUCCUGACCCUGCUCAUUUGUGACACCUGCUGGGUCCGGCCAGGCUGGCCUCUUGUCUCCUACGUGCAGCGUUCCUGACGUCAUCAGCAGCCACGAACCCACUGCCCCCGACUCCCCUGUGACCAGUUCAGUGGUCCGUUGCUCACUACCCCGUGUCCACUCAGGCCUGGCCCUGCUGGCUCCGGGCCCAGGAGGCCCAGGGUCUGGCCAGCUGGAGCCCGGGGAUCUUGGGCGUGGUGGGCUGGCCGCCAGCACUUGCCCAGGAGCAUCUCCCGCCCAGCGAGGCCCCUAAUCAGACAGACACAGGCGGAGGGUGCGGCGGGGCGUGGCCCUCACUGUCCUCAUUCACGCAGGCACCCCCAGUGCCCGGCCUCCUGCAGCGUCCCUGGGCCCAGCGAGGUAAGGGGAGGCAGAGAAGGGCGCUGGGGGCUCAUGGCCAAAUUGGGGCCUCCGUGUCUGCUCCUCCUGAGUGGGUAUCUCGCGGCUGGGCCUUCGUUUCCUCCUCUGCCACCCAGGAUGCAGCGGCUUGGUGCUCCCGGGGGGCCGAGGGCUCCGGUGGGUCCAGGAGAGGCUCCUACGAGGAUGGAGCCCCUGCUGGAGGAGCGGGACAGGUGGGGAGCGCGGCCACGCUGAGUCCCAGGAGAGGUCCUGGGGGAGGGGAUGCUCUGACCAUCAGCAGGACAUGGGGGCCUGUGUCCAGGCCACCGCCUCUCACACAUCCCUGCCAUGUGUCCUGGCCCUGCGGGUGGUGUGAAAUGGGUCGGUGUAAGGAAGUGUGUGCAGUAGGCACUCAAUAAAGGCUAGCCGUUACUGCUGGCAUCAAGGCGUCGUUCCUGACACCUCCUGACGGUCAGAUCAGACGGCCGCACCUUCGGGCUGCCCUCCCAGCCCAGCCCAGCCCAUCUGGCCCUGGGACCCUGGGGGUGCCGCUCUGCAGAGGCUGGCGUGCGAGGGGGCCGGCCUGGAGCUGGGGGCUGGCACCUCGGAGUCCCACGCAGGACCUGGGGGCCAUCACUCUGAGAGCAUGGAGGCAGCCUGGGGACGGGACCCUCAAGAGCCCAGUCA